UCGUGCCGUAGUAAUCAGCGUGGGUUAGCAGCUAGGAGAGCUGCGCCUCGUUCUGCCUUUGUUCUUGAAGCAGGUCGCGUCCUCCCGUCCCCCCUCUUCACCGCCCGUGAAGCGAGCGAGCGAGAUGCGUCGAGUCAUGGCCGGCCUGGCGCUGCUGCAGCUGUCGCUGGGACUCGCGCCGUAGGUGCCGCCCCUCAGAAGUGCACCUACGGCCCGAGCUACUGGUGCCAGCGACCUCGCAGCGCCACCGAGUGCAGCGCCGUGCAGCACUGCGCUCAGACCGUGUGGAACAAGCCUACCGCCAAUAACCAGCUGUGUGAUACUUGCAAGGAGGUGGUGACGGUGGUGCGGGACAUGAUGCUGGGAAGUGCCACGGAGGCUCAGUUGAAGGCGUACCUGGAAAGUGCCUGUUCCAUGAUGUCCGAUCCAGGGCUCAUUUCCGAGUGCCGGAAGUUGGUGGACAAUUACCUGGACAAUGUUUUGGACAUGCUCAAGCAUCAGAUGGAUCCGAGUGUGGUGUGCACAGCUCUGACCGUUUGCAAGACCCAGCAAUCUGUGAACGAGCAUCGAAUCUCCACCAACGACAUCCCCGUUCCCGAGGUUCCCAUCCUGGAGAUGCUGGAGGAGAAGUUGAAGAAGGGGAACGGCGACGUGUGUCACGACUGCGUGGCGUUCCUCAAGGACGUGCAGGACCUUAUCAAGAAGAACCGCUCCUAUGCCGAUGCACUCAUCGACGCCGUCUCCAAGCAGUGCGACAUGCUUGGGCCUGACAUGUCCGACGUGUGCAAGCAAUACGUGUCUGCCUACGCCGACAGAUCGUGCAGAUGUUCAUGGGCUCGUGAUGCCCCUCUGACUGUGUGUGUGCAGUCUCCAGAGGUCCUGUGCAGUGGUGUGGGCAUCUGUUCCAAGGCCAAGCACUCCCCUCUUUUGAGUCUGACCCCUGCGCUGUCCAUCAAGCAGAGCCGCGUGCCGUCGUCGCUGAAGGGAGGACCAAAUUGCGUCAUCUGCGAGUUUGUGAUGGAGAAGCUUGAUGAGCUGAUCGGCAACAACAAGUCUGAGGCAGAAAUUGUCAAGGACCUGGAGCUGGUGUGCUCCCACCUGCCCAGCACCAUCGGCGGCGAGUGCAAGGAAUUUGUGGACACGUACGGGCGCGCCGCCAUCGAGCUGCUGGUGCAGGAGCUGGACGCCGGAACCGUGUGCACCUUCCUCGGCCUCUGCAAGAGCGAGGCUCGGCGGCUGGCUCUGGCGAGAGUGAUGCCAGCAAAGCUGGACGGCGGCACCUUCUGGGUGUGCAAGAUGCUCGUCAGCUACUUGGACUCGAUGCUCGGGCAGAACGCCACCAAGGAGCAGAUUGAGCAGGCGCUGGAGACGGUGUGCUCCUUCCUGCCCGACGCGUUUCAGCAGCAGUGCGACUCGCUCGUGGAGCAGUACGGGGAACUGCUGGUGCAGCUGCUGGAGCAAGCGCUGGACCCCGACUUCGUCUGUAACAAGCUGGGAGCGUGCAUCGCAGCGCGUCACGUGACCCCGCUGGGGCUGGAGGAGUGCACCUGGGGCCCGUCCUUCUGGUGCCAGAGCAAGGAGAACGCGCAGCGCUGCAGCGCGGAGGAGCACUGCAAGCGCCACGUGUGGAACUGAGCGACCGUCUGAACGAGACUGCCACCCUCGCCUCUCUGAUCCCUCGCCCCCUGCUCCACACUCCACUCUGCAUCCCCACAGUUCCACGCUCCCCCCGGCAUAUCCCUCCAUGCGCACCUCUCCGCCGCAAACCCGCCGCCGCCUCCUCGCACGCCAUCCGCCUCACGCCCUGUCCCGCGGGUCCCUCCACGUACGCCCCCUCCGUGCACGUGAGGCCGUGCUCACCGCCACCUCCGCGUACACGCGAACCCCUCCACGUGUCCAGACUCGCUCCUCCGCCGUCAUGUCUCCUGGGUGGAAUGUGCUCCAACGUGAGCGCACGGGGCGCGUGAGGAUGUGCUGCUGGGCGGUGUGGGUGUGUGGAUGGCGUGCCUGAUGCAGGUCUCGCGGGGGGCGGAGGGGGUGGGGGUGUGGGUUGGCUCACUGCUGCCAAAGCUAGGGGUACAGUGAUCCCUGCCUGUCUGCAGCGGAUUUCACAAACAUCACUGGUUUUGCUUUUUUGGAGCAGUUUUUCUCCUCCCCAAUUUCGUGUUGAUUUUUGCGGGUUUGAUAAUGAAUUUGAUUGCUUUACUGGGGGGUUCUAAUCUUCAAAUUUCUAACUUUGAUUUUAGCGCGUUACUUAUACCGGUCGGAUACAUUUUGGUGUAAAAUUUUGCCGAUUUGGAGAAUGUACUUUGGCGUGGUUGGAUUGUAGCUGCUUUCUUUUUUUGUAUGUUCGAAACUAUUUAACGUUUGAACGAUUUUGAAAACCAUUUUCUUGACUUGGGUAGUGGGGGCGGGGGGGGGGUGAUGUUUUUCUCCCUCUACCUUCGAUUCCGCUUGAUGAUGAUGCAUCAUUUUAUUUUCUGACCGAGAACACAGUUUGCUUUCUGCACAGCUCCUAACGGGAUGGUGGGGUGGGGUGGAGGUCUGCAAAGGUCUGCACCGCAAUCGCUUCGGCCGAACUGCUCGGCACAACGGAGCCACAUUUUCAUUUCACCGCAAAGGAGCGUUCUGUUUGAAAAGUAGAACCUUGCGUUGGAGCGGCGAUGGCCAAAAGUGUUUGCGGCCCCCCUCCUCGCUUGUCCCCGGCGCCUACCAAUCCUGAUGACACCGUUUGCCCGCGUCCGAAAUCGUCUCGUUGAAUAUAUCAAAAAAAGGAUAAGUACACUUUUGUUUCUGCACACAACCAAUCGUCACCUGUCUCGCGCGCGCGUGAGUGAGCACGACGCUUGUGUGCAGGUUUUUAAAGGAAUUAAUUCGGCCCCUUCAUGGCUUAGCAGGUGCCGUAGAUUCUGGAACAAUGACUAAAUAAAGCCUGUAACGUGAAGUGCG